AUGAUUUCAGGGAUUGAAAACCGGUUCUUUGAGGGAACUGGGAGCCAGGGAAAAAAUCCUAAAUACUCUUUAACUGACCUUGAUGAAGAUAAUUUCAGGUGGUUUUACGGUUGGUCCUUUAUUGGUUGUCCUUUUACAAACAGAAUAGUUGGAGAAAUAUUUGCAGUCAGUCUUACACAAGGGGGCCCUGCUCCCGCAUUCCUGAGGGAGUGGUGCUACAACUUUCUCUGUGCAGGAGAAGUUAACUUCAGUUGUCUGAGCAAGGAGGAUGUAAUGGAUCUGGAAUCUUCUCUUCUCAUCUGUAGGGUUGAAGAUGCUGCAGAUACAGAAUCUCUAAUGAUGUUGGCUGAUGAAAUUGUUAGUUGUGGGUACACUAGUCAGAUUAAUCAUGAGCAGAAAGAAAGCAUCAUUCGUGCUAUUGUCUUACACUCUACAACAAGACUGAUUCCAAUUCUGCAGCAACUUCAAAAUGGCAUGCAACUGUAUGGCCUGGUGGAUCAAUUGAGUAAAAACUCUGAAUUAUGCAAACCACUGUUUGUUCCAGGAAAGAUAACAAAACCUGAUGCAGACUUCAUCAUGAUGAACUGUCAGCCACAAUACAGUGAAAAGGGAACGUCAAAAGAGAGAAUUGAGAGGAAGGUGACUAACUUCCUUCAAGACUUCCUGCAAGAGCUUGAUGUGGCAGUUGAUGUGUCCAAUGCUGAUGAGGAAGGAGAUACAGUUCUUGGUGGCGCACAACCCCUCUCUGUCCAACAGGUUCUCCAGUGGAUGACCGGGCAGUCCCACAUCCCUAUCCUCCCAGAUGAAAAGAGACAGUUCAAAAUUACAUGUAAUUUUGAUCACGAUUGUGCUCUGCAGGGAUGA